GGCCCCGCCCCCUUCCUUUGAAAAGAAGAGGACUCCACUCCAGGAUCAUUUGUGGGGGAGCCUCUCAGGGGUCUAUCAGGGGGGAGCUUCGGAGGAUGGAUGAUAAAGGGUGCCAAUACUCAGUGGCUUCACCCAUUACAGCAGUUCCUGCUGCAGGGACAAGUCUGUUGCUAAAACAACUUAAAACAACUUUGGCCUUCUUGGAGGCUACCUUCGAAGCAUGGAAUUGGAGAUGGAAAUGCAAGACUCAGGUGGCCCAGAGACCAUCAAGGCUGGGAGCAAUCAGGAAUUCUGGGAAAGGGCUCUGCAGGAAAUCCUGCAUGAGGACACGCUCCCUUCAGAUGUACAGCACCAACGCUUCAAGCAAUUCCGCUACCAGGAGGUUGAAGGGCCCCGACAGGUUUGCAGCCGACUCCACCAACUUUGCCGUCAGUGGCUCAAACCAGAGCAGCACACAAAACACCAGAUCAUGGACCUUGUGAUCCUAGAGCAGUUUCUGAUCAUCCUGCCCCCGGAGAUGGAGAGCUGGGUGAGGGAAUGUGGAGCAGAGACCAGUUCGCAGGCAGUGGCCCUGGCAGAAGGUUUCCUCCUGAGCCAGGCAGAGGCCAAGAAGGGAGAGCAGCAGGUGCAGGGGCCAUUAGUAGAAGCAAACCCCAAUGUUGCUGAGGCAGAGAAGACUCUAUCAGAUGCCAGACCGAAGCUGCUGCACGGAGGAAGAUCUCAGGAGGAUCAUGCAGAUACCACCUCACUGGUUCAUGGAAGACCACUGGAGGUGUUGACAAGAUCAUGGCUCCCCUGUGUGGAUGGAGAAGCAGCUUCUACCCAACCAGAUCAGGCUGCCGUGUCCUUUGAGGAGGUGGCUGUGCAUUUCACAGAGGAGGAGUGGGCUCUGCUGGAUGCAGACCAAAGAGCCCUGCACAGAGCAGUCAUGGAGGAGAAUAGGCAGAAUGUGGCCUCUCUGGCAGAUGAUGAGUGGAAAAUCAAGACUGAAGGAGAAGCAUGCAAGUCACUAGUAGAAAGAGCAAGAUGUAAAAAGAAAGGACAACAGAGAAAAGCAACAAAAGAAAAGCAGGAAAGGAAGAAUGAAUCUCCUCCUGUUCAUGCUGGUGACUGCCAUGAAACACCAAUCCAAGAAGAAAUAGAGAAGCAAAAGCAAAAGAGGAAGCCCCUCUUGUGUGAGAAAAGCAUUGAUUAUAAACUGUGGCUGAAAUGUCACUGUGGAAUGAAGAGAAGGGAGGAGAAACCAUUAAAAUGCUUGGAAUGUAGAAAGAGCUUCAGUCAGAACUCUCAGCUUAUUAAACAUGUAGAGAAAUCAUAUGAAUGUCUGGAAUGCAGAAAAAGUUUCAGAUGCAACUCAGGGCUUAGGAGACAUGUAAGAAUUCACACAGGAGAGAAACCAUUUAAAAUCCUAGAAUGUGGAAAGGACUUAAUUCGCAGUAUAUAUCUUAGUGAUGAUCUCAAAGUUCAUACUGGAGAUAAAAGGUUUAAAUGUUUGGAGUGUGGAAAGAGUUUUAAUUGGAAAUCAUGUCUUAGGAGACACCAAAUAAUUCAUACAGGAGAGAAACCAUUUCGAUGCUUGGAGUGUGGAAAGAGCUUCAGUCUGAACUCAAAUCUCAGAGAACAUCAAAGAAUUCAUACAGGAGAGAAACCAAUUAAAUGCCUAGAGUGUGGAAAGAGUUUCAGUAGGAGCUCAGCUCUUAGGACACAUCACAUAAUCCACACAGGAGAUAAACCAUUUAGUUGCUUGGAGUGUGGAAAGAGUUUCAGUCGGCGCUCAGCUCUUAGGAGACAUCAAAUAAUCCACACAGGAGAGAAACCAUUUCAAUGCUUGGAGUGUGGAAAGAACUUCAAACAGGGUUCACAUCUUAGAGAACAUCAAAAAAUUCACACAGGAGAGAAACCAUUUAGAUGCUUGGAAUGUGGAAAGAGCUUCAAUAAGAGCUCAAAUCUUAGACAACACCAAAAAAUUCACACAGGAGAGAAACCAUUUAGAUGCUUGGAGUGUGGAAAGAGCUUCCGGCGGAGCUCAGCUCUUAAGAACCAUGAAAAAAUUCACAAAGAUAAGAAACCAUUUAGAUGCCUGGAGUGUGGAAGGAGCUUCAAUCAGAGCUCAGUUCUUCGAGAACAUGAAAGAAUUCACACGGGAGAGAGAACAUUAAGAUGCUUGGAGUGUGGAAAGAGCUUCAAUCAGAGCUCAUGUCUUAGAGAACAUGAAAGAAUUCACACAGGAGAGAAACCAUUUAGAUGCUUGGAGUGUGGAAAGAGCUUCAGUCAGAGCUCAGCUCUUAAGAACCAUGAAAGAAUUCACACAGGAGAGAAACCAUUUAGAUGCUUGGAUUGUGGAAAGAGCUUCAGUCGCAGCUCAAGUCUUAGAGGACAUGAAAGAAUUCACACAGGAGAGAAACCAUUUCAAUGCUUGGAGUGUGGAAAGAGCUUCACCCAGAGGGUUACGCUUAGGAGACAUGUAAGAAUUCACACAGGAGAGAAACCAUUUCAAUGCCUGGAGUGUGGAAAGAGCUUCAAACACAGUUCAUAUCUUAGAGAACAUCAAAAAUUUCACACAGAAGAGAAACCAUUUAGAUGCUUAGAGUGUGGCAAGAGCUUCAGUUGGAGCUCAGCUCUUAAGAUCCACGAAAGAAUUCACACAGGAGAGAAACCAUUUCGAUGCUUGGAUUGUGGAAAGAGCUUCAGUCGCAGCUCAAGUCUUAGAGAACAUGAAAGAAUUCACACAGGAGAGAAACCAUUUCAAUGCUUGGAAUGUGGAAAGAGCUUCAAAUACAGUUCAUAUCUUAGACAACAUCAAAAACUUCAUACAGGAGAGAAACCAUUUAGAUGCUUGGAAUGUGGAAAGAGCUUCACGCACAGUUCAUAUCUUAGAGAACAUCAAAAAAUUCACACAGGAGAGAAACCAUUUAGAUGCUUGGAAUGUGGAAAGAGCUUCAAUCACGGUUCACAUCUUAGAAACCAUCAAAGAAUUCAUACAGGAGAGAAACCAUUUAGAUGCUUGGAGUGUGGCAAGAGCUUCAGCUGGAGCUCAGUUCUUAAGAGCCACGAAAGAAUUCACACAGGUGAGAAACCAUUUAGAUGCUUGGAUUGUGGAAUGAGCUUCAGUCGCAGCUCAAGUCUUAGAGGACAUGAAAGAAUUCACACAGGAGAGAAACCAUUUCAAUGCUUGGAGUGUGGAAAGGGCUUCAUUUGGAGCUCAGCUCUUAAGAAUCAUGAAAUAAUUCACACAGGAGAGAAACCAUUUCGAUGUUUGGAGUGUGGAAAGCGCUUUCUUCGGAGGGGAGAUUUUAAGAAACACCAAGGAAUUCAUACAGGAGAGAAACCAUUUAGAUGCUUGGAGUGUGGAAAGAGCUUCAGUCAGAGCUCAGCUCUUAAGAUCCACGAAAAACUUCACAAAGAUGAGAAACCAUUUAGAUGCCUGGAGUGUGGAAAGAGCUUCAGUCAGAGUAUAAAUCUUAAGAACCAUAAAAGAAUUCACACAGGAGAGAAACCAUUUAGAUGCUUGAAGUGUGGAAAGAGCUUCAAUCAGAGCUCAGCUCUUAAGAUCCACGAAAAACUUCACAAAGAUGAGAAACCAUUUAGAUGCCUGGUGUGUGGAAAGAGCUUCAGUCAGAGCACAAGUCUUAAGAACCAUAAAAGAAUUCACACAGGAGAGAAACCAUUUAGAUGCUUGGAGUGUGGAAAGAGCUUCAGUCAAAGAGGAGGUCUUAAGAAACACCAAGAAAUUCACGCAGGAAUUCAAGAGCUUCAGUCGUAACUCAAAUCUUAAGAAACACCAAGAAAUUCAUACAGGAGAGAAACCAUGUAAAUGGCUGGAGUCCGGAAAGAGCUUUAGUCAGAGAUUAGUUCUUGCAAAACACCAAGGAAUUCACAAAGGAGAAAAAUGAUACAAAUGCCUGUAGUGUGGAAAGAACUUCUAUCCUAGCUCCCAUCUUAGACAAGAUGAUAUAAUUCACACCUGGAAAGACAUACAUGUUUUUAAUGUAGAUAGAGCUUCCAUCUCGCUUCCCCCUCCCCUUCCCAAAUAAGUUGUAGAGGAGAGUGAACGAGAGACUUUCUAGCCUCCCCUCUCCUCUCCCCUACUUCCGAAAGAAGAAGGGUGGGGACAGAAGAGCUGUGGUGAGCAGCAGUGUUCCCUCUAAUGUUUAGAAUUGAUGAGUGGAAAGAGUUUUGUCCUGGGCGGCAGCAUCAAGUCAGUGUGUGAACAGAACUCUUUCUCACUUACACACAAACACAAACAAGAGUUACUGACUAUCGCGCAAAAGAAAUGUUUGCAUGUUGGGAAGGAGGCUACAUUUAGAAUGCUUCUUCCUGCCAUUUAGUUUCCAAUGUGCCAAGUAUGUGGGUUCAUCAUACAUUCAUUCAGUCAUGUCAGCUGGCAGAAGUUGUUAAUCUCAGCUUUACCAUCUCAGUGAGAUCUAGACUUGAGAUACUAAGAUAUUAAGAUAAUGAAUAUUCCGGUGUUCUCUUAAAGAGCUCAAGCUUCCGCUUUAUUGGAUUGGAACGGAGGGCUCUGAAUUUUGUUGAGCCAUGGAUGUUAGCUGGUAUUGUUAUGCAGUUCAAUAGGCCUGUUCUCAACAUUUCCAGCGGAUGUGUGAAGAGGGUGUGUUCAGUUGAAUGUUUUCAAGGUGACAUACACUGUAUGGCUGUAGAAAUCUCUCCCUGCAGUUCAGUAGUGGCUGGUGACUCCUGGGACUGGGAGGGCGCCAGGCAGGGCAGGUGGUGGGCAGAGCCAAAGUGGGUGGCGCAGGGGUGGAGCAACAACAACAACAAACUCCCGUAGGCAUAUAGCAAGUAAAGGUAAAGUUGUGCCAUCAAGUCGGUGUCUACUCCUGGCAACCAGAGAGCCAUCUGGUUUUCUUUGAUAGAAUACAAGAGGGGUUUACCAUUUCUUCCUCCCGCACAGUAUGAGAUGAUGCCUUUCAGCAUCUUCCUAUAUUGCUGCUGCCCGAUAGAGGAGUUUCCCAUAGUCUGGGAAACAUACCAGCAGGGAUUCAAACCACAGCAGCCUCUUGCUCCCUAGGCAAGUUUCUUCCUCGCUGUGCCAUUAGAUGGCUUGGGCAUAUAGAAGUGGAUGCCAAAAAACUGCCCCACCUCUCGUCCCACCAGCUCCUUGAUAUGUUACUUUUGGGGGUUGUAGGAACCUUGGGAAUAAGUUGGGAUGGGACACGGAAAGAUGAAGGAGACACUCCUCAAAACCAAUGCAGGAAUAUUUCACAAAUGGCCUUAUUAGUUAUGUUUAUUUCCAACAUACUGUAUAUUAGCAACAUGCCCUUCACAAUAACAACCAGCUCCUGCAAUAAAAUAAAAGUCUAAGGACAAAAUACACAAAUACAUUAUUUGCACAAAUUGGAGGAGGAGGAGUGCUGUUCCAAAAAGAAGAGGAAUGCCAGUUCCUUUAAGGUCUUUGAUAAACCAAGGUUCCACAGGUGCAGUUUCCCCAACUCUUAAGGGCAUGUCUACACUACACCUUUUAAGCCAGAUUCAAACCUGCUUAAUCAUCAUGGUCCCUCACCACCCAGGCACUAGGAGCUGCAGUUCUUUGAUUAAAGGGUUCUAAAGAAGGCUUCUCAGCAUUUGCACAAAAUUGCAGUUCCCAUUGGUUUUUUUUUUUGGACGGUCAGGAGGCCCAAAAUGAUGAAAGCUGUUUCAACUAGUUUAAAUGUGUGGUCUAUUCCCUUUUGGAAUAUGAUCACCAUAGCACAACCCACCACAUAACCCUUCUCAUUCACUAGCCAAAUUACUCUCCAUCUCUCUUUAACAAGCCUCCAUCAAAUCAAGAUCUACUGUGGAAGGUAGACAAAAUAGAUGAGUGAUCCCUUUUUAAUGCAAAUGCAGAAGACCUUAAUGAUGUCUGAAUAGACAGAACAGAAUUGUUAAGGAGGCAGGAGAGAACAAUAUGCAACUCAAAGGCUGAAAACAUUCCUCUAGUCUUCAGAAGUGAACUAUCAGUGGGGUAGCUUGGUUUCAGAACAUAUGAAAAACUCAAGUACAAAUAAGUUGAAGGACAUUCAUUCAUGGCAGACAGGGAGACAAAUUUCAAGGGUACAAGAAAUAUACUCACCACCACCACUCAAAUGUUGUCCAGUCCUAUAUUAACAAUGGAGUUUGUUUCUUUGCUGAACAUCUUAUUUUCAAGUCUUUUCCUCACACAAUGCAGGAGGAACUGUUCCUACAAGCACUGCAGUGCUAAACAAAAAGGCGAUUCCUGCUCUUUUUGUCUUGCCUCUCUCAAAAUACCUGGUAUGUAUUACCGAGACUUGAUUGGGGGAGGCUAGUGGUCUAGUUUGGUGCCAGCUUUUCCCUCCAGGAUAUUCUGUAGAGGAACAGGUGAGGGGACGUGGACGGGGAGGUGGGGUGGCUGUGAUCUAUAAGGAUAACAUCUUCCUUACCAGGGUCCCUGUCAAGGUAUCAGGCCAUACUGAAUGUGUGUACUUGAGUUUGGGGACCAGGGAUAGAUUGGGAUUUCUGUUGGUGUACCGAUUGCCCUGCUGCCCAGCGGAAUCCCUUACUGAGCUCACGGACUUGGUCGCGGAACUUGCGUUGGAGUCUCCCAGACUCUUGGUGCUGGGGGACUUCAAUGUUCAUUUCGGGACCAAUCUGUCCGGGGUAGCUUAGGAGUUCGUAACGGCCAUGACAACUAUGGGCCUAGCUCAAGUGGUCUCUGGAUCAACUCAUAUUGCAGGUCACACACUUGAUUUGGUAUUUUACUCUUAGGGUGGUGUUCCUUGGGUGAGGACUCUUGUGAUUUCCCCAUUGUCAUGGACGGAUCACCAUCUGGUUAAGGUUGGUUUUACAAGUACUUCCCACCUCCACAGGGGUGAGGGGCCCAUUAGAAUGGUACGCCCAAAGAGGUUAUUGGAUCCAUUAAGAUUCCAAGAAGCCUUAGAGGGAUUUAAUGUUGGCUUUGCUGGUGAUCCUGUUGAUGCCCUGUUUGAGAAUUGGAACAACUUGCUCACCAGGGCAGUGGACACGAUUGCUCCAGUCGGUGAGAACCAGGGAGGACUGCCAGUGACUGCCAGUGACAUUGCAAGAGAAGAAAGAGCAGAAGGAGACAGGAUGAGUACGUCUUGUAAUCACAGAGAUGAAAGUGGACUGCAAAUGUACCAACCGGAACUGGACUGGAAACUUUCCUUUAUAAGUCAGGCAGGAAACCAGAAGACCCCUGAGAAGCACCACCAUCCCAAGUGAGGCCCCUACGCUUCUUCCAACACCCCUUUCAAAGACUGAUCACCUUUGGAGUGGGGCUAGGUGAGUAUGUGUGUGUGUAUGAGUUAGAAGCUAGCUUGCUGUUUAACUGACUGAAAUAAACAUGGAUUCUUGAUUGAGUAAAACCAGCUGGUGUCUGUCCGUUUUCCUGGGGCUACUUUGUUGUUGGUGGUGCAGUGCUAAAAGGACUUAGAGUAAAUAAAGGUCCCACACUUUCAAUAUCUCGGUGUCGUUUUCCAUUCUGCUGGAGGCCGAAAAGCUCACCUCAACUUUGUAACUCAAAAUGCUCAACAAUCGGCUAACGCAAUCAAGUCCUUCCAUUUUACUAGGGGUGCUCACUUUAUCCCCGCUGCUAUUAAACCUUUUACAGCAAAAGUCUAUUCGCAGCUCUUGUAUGGUGCCCAAAUGGGCCCUUUUGAGAACUUCACCCCGUUGGAAGUAAUACAAACAAAAUUCCUCAGAGCAAUCUUCCAAGUCCUUUUUAGUGUUCCAAAUAAUGUCCUCAGAUGUGAGGCAGGAGUCACUAGGUUGGAAACGAGACAUUGGCUGUGCAUAAUUGCAUUGUGGCUGAAGUUGAGCUCUUCCCAGGUGGGCUUGGCUCCUUUGACAUUGGCAGAUAGCUUCACCUCAAAAGCGGUCUCCCCCAGGAGAUUUUACCAACUCCCCCAGGAAGAGCUGGGGUAUGACCAAGCCAUGCGGGUCAUCAAACAGUGUGUCUUAGACAUAGAAUUACAAGAUGAAAUAGCAAAGUUACCGAGAGGAUUGUAUAUAGGCAAUCAGCCUUUAAAUACUAGGCCUUCUGAAUAUUUAAACAACUUAUCAAUAGCAAAACUUAGGAGAGCUAUAACUCUCGCCCACCUUAAUGCACUCCCUACUCCAGUUCUUGAGGGGAAGUUCAAAAAGAUACCUUACUAAGCCCACUUUUGUCCAUGUGGCUCAGGUGACAUAGAACCCUCUGCUCACGUGAUUUUUUAUUGUGCUUUUUACAAGGCUAUUUGUUUAAUUUCCCCUUUGUUUAAAGAACCUUCCUGGCCCCACUGAUGAAUUUUAUUUAGAUUAUUUGCUGUCCAAUGUUAAAGAAACGGUUUCUGGCAGUGUGGCCAAGUUUUGUUAUAUUGUUUGUAAAACCCAUAAAGAAUUUAUCAAUUAAUUGGA